AUGGUUCUAGUGGAUUUAACCAGAGAAGAAUUGAAAAUAAUCAGUGAUAUUAAGAAUAGUAUAUUAAUUGAUUCCAAUAUGGACAAAAGAGAAAAAUCUGCAACAAUUGCAUCAUUGCGAGUGACUCGUCUCCUCGUAAAACACAAAAAACCUUUCACUGAUGGGGAAAUUUUAAAAUCUUGUUUUUUGGAAGCUGCCGAUUCACUAUUUGAUGGUAUGAAAAAUAAACAGGAAAUUUCAAAUUGCAUCAAAGAGCUUCAGCUCUCAAAACAGUCAAUUGUCAGAAGGGCUGAAAGCAUUUCUGAAAAUCUUCUUUCACAGUUGAAAAAGGAUCUUUACGCAUGUUCGUGUUUUUCUCUACAGUUUGACGAAUCAAACGAUGCUAUUGAUAUCGCCCAACUAUGUGUAUUUUCCCGUUUAAUCUUCCAUGAUCUAACUGUCAAGGAAGAGUUAUUUGCUAUUAUACCUAUGAAAGAAAGAACAACUGGUGAAAAUAUUUAUAAUUCUUUCAAAACGUUUUUGUUAUCAUUCGAAUUAUUACCGUUAAUGAAGAAACUUGUAUCCAUAACAACAGAUGGAGCCCCUGCAAUGAUUGGGAAUCAAAAUGGAUUUAUUGCAUUUUGUCGGAAAGCAAACUGA